GAGAGAGAGGCGCGACACCUGCACUGGAAAAACCAGGCGUGGAAGGAGAGAAAAACUGGAGCUUGGACAGUGCCACAGGCCUUCCCCCUCCUCUCACAGACAGAUCACCCCCUCCUCCUCCUCCUCCCCACCUCCCCUCAAAACAAGCACACACACUGCAACCCUGCUAGUGGGAAUGCUGCAUUCGGACCUACAGAUUGACUGGAAACAAAUGAUUCUUGAAAUAAAGAAGAACAGGGAAAAUUGAUGGAUGAAUCAGAAAAAAGGCUUGAAUGGACAGGGCCACAGCAUGGCAGAGCUUAACGGGGGAAAUCUAUAUGGCGAACCUUUCUGAAACCUGUUGGUGGUAGUGAUAUAAACAGUGCCUGUACACCAACGUGAUGUGGUCUCACAAUACUUUGGCUAUCUUUACAGGGAGAAUUUAAGCCCAGCCAAUAUUUCAUGUUUAUCGAAGCACAGAACAUGGAAACAGCAGAAUCAUGUGGUGCAGGGAAAAUUAUGAAGACUUUCAGUGCGGCAGAUGUUGCAGUUACCUUAUCGUCUUUCAUUUCACCAAAAGAAAAUGAACUGGGCCACAGGGUGUUAUCUUUACCAACUUCAAAAGAGGCGUGCCUGUUGGAUCCACCCUCUCCUCUAAGAUUAGCUGAUGUGCCUGAACAUACUUCAAAUGAUUCCUCCACACAUGCCAUUUCCCUUACAUCUUGUGUAACAAAAGGUGUGAGCUAUUUGUCCGUACCAGAGGAUUCUGACAAAGCCCCAUUCAGGUAUAUGGAGCCCAAAGGCAUUUCAUCGUUGUCUGAUGAUUGUUUGAUGCAACAGAGCAGAACCUGUUUGGGCUGCUUCAUUGAGACAAAAGAAAGCAUUGACGCAGAGCCUGGAAUAAGCAUGAAAAUAGGUGACAUGAACAAGGAUUGUGACACCUGUUCAGUCUCCGAUAUAGGGAUUCAAUGCAUGAGUACAGGAGAAAGUGCAAGAUAUGGGGAUCAGCUGCUUUCAGACCAACUGUUAAGCUUUACUGUGCACAAAUCUAGGACUACAGACAAAAGGGAUGUGGAGAAAUCUGACAGUGAGUCAGAAGAUAUUACUCAAAAACAUUACUACGAAGGAUUACUGCUGGACAAAUGCAAUGGGGAAGAAGCUUUAUUGUCGAAUCCUAGCCAGGACUGGGCUUAUUUUGAGUCUUUUAUUAGUGAAAGCAAAAUAGAACUGCUUGACCUAUGCUCAAAAAAUGAGCUUUCAGUCAAUCUUUUUGCAGAGGAGGAAGUGGACAAUUAUAUGUUUGAUGAUGAGUCAACACUCAGCAGCGAUGUCUGCUCUUUGAAGAUUAGGUAUGAAUCCUUUCAAGACAAUGUGAGAGAAAAGACAAACAUGCUUCAGGAAGAAGCGCAAUUAAGCUUUUUCCCCAAUGUCAUCUCAAACUGCUCAAAGAAGGAAGGCAAAGCAUCAGUGAAAAUGAAUUUGGAUGCGUCACAAAUCAAAUCUGAUGAGAUUGAUAUCUGGGAGGAAGACGACCAAUUGGAAGAGAGGGCGGGGAUGCAAAAAUAUGGUAGCACUGUGGAUUUAAAGCUGUAUACAACUUCUAAAAGAAACCAUUUCUUUGAAACAAAUCAUUCUGUAGAAGACUCAGGAGAGUACAGUGAUGACAGCUGUGGAACAGAUUCAUCGUAUGAAACUAUCAAAGGCAACGUGGAUAGCAUCAAGUACCUUUCAAGGCAAAAUGUCAACUGCUCUGGUCAACUAAAUUAUGCAUUACGUGCCAAGAGGAAAGUACGGUAUAGUGAUGACUACUUGUACGAUGUUGACUCCAUAGAAAGUGAAAAGAUUUCAGGAAAGAAAGAAUGGCCGGUGGAUGGUCCCAAGAAAGAAGAUGAUGAUGAAUGGUGUCCACGGAAGCGCCGAAAGUCAGUUCGGAGAGGGCCGCCAGUUAUUAUUAAAUAUAUAAUUAUUAAUAGGUUCAAAGGUCAGAAGGAUAUGCGAGUUAAAGUCAGUAAAAUUGAUGCCACUGAAACGAGUGUCAGUUUGACUGCUGAAGCACUAGGUAGAUAUGAGAAACUUGCACCUUUAAAGGAGUUUUGGUGCCAAAAACAAUCAAAGCGUCUGUUGUCAGUGCCUACUGAAAGAAGGAAGAGGCUGCAUUUAAGUAGCACUGUGCCUAAUGUGUUUCUUUCCCAUCCUGCCAAGAGGAAAAGCAAACAAAUUGCAAACAGGCACAGAGCGCGUAGAGUUCAACUUGAACUAGGGCCCAACAAGCAGAUUGCAUGUUCUUUUGAUCCGGCUGGAACUCAAAGGCUGACCUGUACUGGUGGAGAAGAGGUGCAGUUUGUCGAUGCCCAAACAGUUGCAAUAGAAAUCCCUAGCUGUGCGAAUGGAUUCUGUUCCACGAACAUUACAUCAGGGCCUGCUGCAAUGAGAAGCAAAUCACUCGGAAAGUUUGACAACAGAGCGAAGGAGAAAGGCAGACUGAAGAGACUGAAACUAAAAGCAGAAGGCAAACUGAAAAACACCAGCAAAAAGAUCAAGGUGACGGGAAAUGAUGACAUUGACACAAUGACAAAUGCAAGUGAGAUGGAUUCAGCUGUAACAAGGCAGAAUAGUUCAGGUGUUCCACUGACUAGUGCCAUUCAUUGUGUCCCAGACAACACCCAUUUAUCUAAAUCGUGCCAAGCAAAGACUGCUGCUAAGAAUUCUACUUUUUCACCAGCCACCUGCUCUUCUGACAAGCCUGUGCCAUCUGCUAAUGCUGCGUCUACUGUGCAAGUAAUCCCCGGGGGGUAUUUACAGACACUGCUGGAUGCAUCCGAUUCCAUAAGCCAUACUGGGCUCUCCUACUUCCCACAUCAUUCUGUUGUUGCUCCCAAGCCUCAGAACCAUUUCAACCCUUCCAAUCUUGCACAAAGUUGUGUCAUGUCCCCUCCCUCUGAACCUGAACAGCAGCAGUCACCUCUUUACCAGGAGGAAAAGCAAAGCUUUGAUAAGUUGUGGCAUACAAAACAGGAGUACUCAGCCAUUGGCAGAACGCCUGCCAUUCUGUCAGCUAGUAUGGUCGGUGUUGUGUCGCUGCCCACAGAAAGCACCAAUCUUUCAAGAACCGUCAAUGACAAUUAUCAACAAAUAGAAAUACACAGUGAUGAACUUGUGCUCAGCAAGAAUUAUUCUCAUAGCCAGCCACUGCGGUCAAAUACCAGCUAUCAGUCAUGCAUAAUAGAAGACAGUGAUGGCAAUUUUCAGCUCCAUCGAGAUUCAGUAGCUCCAGAUGACACCAGACUCAUCAGUUUUGAUUCAGUGAGUUCUUUGUCAGCCAGCACCAAUAAUUUUAGCUCUUUAAGUUUGAAGUCAUGUGAAAAUGACGGUGAGGAUGAUAUGAGUGAUGAUUUUUUGGCCCACUGUAGCCCCAAGCUAGUGAUUCAACAAAGCGUUGAUGAAGUGGCGCCACUAAAAGAAUCUGCUGACCUCCUUGAUAUCUCUAACUUUACUCCCGAUCGAUUCAGGCAAGUGACACUGACUGAGAUUUCCCCACCUAUUACACCUGACCUUUCACCUGAAAUAGUAGGAACGGAGGUCAAAACAUCAGGCAAACCCAAAGACUUUCAGGACCAUGCUCAAACCAUGCUUGGAGAUCCAAAUGAAAUGAAAUGGGCUUCAGUAUCCCAGGCACACGAUCAAUCAACAGAGACAUUUAUUUUGAAUAAUCAUCAAUUUCAGUUUCACACCUUUAAUAAUGACGAUACCAUUGAGAUGACCGAAACCAGCCCAUUUGAGAAACAAGCUGGCAUGCUAAAGUUAAAUAACAGUAAUAGGGGACAAAAAGCGAAGAAGAGAAGCACUUCCAGUAAACAUGUGGGCCCAAACCAAAGCUCAGUUCCAAAAGGUGCAAAAAAACCAAGGAAGCCAAAAGCUGCUAAAUCUAGUGAAAAAACUCAAAACAAAAGUAAUUCCCGUCAGAACCCUGGCACAUCCAAAAACUCCAAAAAAUCAAUCAACGCAACGCAUACUAAAAGGAAUGAUCAGAUGCAGCUGCCUACAGCUAAUAGCAAGUCACUGGAUGCACUUGUUAACAAAACCAGCACAUCACCUUGUGUUCAGCUACUGAACGAGAGCCUCCCGCACCGCAGUCCUGCUGCUGGACGGGGUCGAAAACAAAAUGGAGGAAAUAGUACCUGGCCUUUGAGUAAAAGGGUCAGUGCUGGCUGGUCUGGGCAGAGUGUUGCAAACAGUAAUAAUCUGUUGGUUGAUGAUCAGAGAGAAUUUGAAGAACCCAGUAAUAUACUUUCUAAUAUUGCCUCUGGAAUGGCUGAAGUCCAGCGUUUUAUGAUGGCUUCUAUUGAACCAAUCUGGACCCCUGGGGGGCACAACCUUGCCUCAGGUACAUGCCCGUCACUUGAGGUAAAUAGCCUGAAGUGGAAAACUUUGAAUAUUUUAGGUGGUACAGUGUCAGAAUCCAAAAAGAAAUUAAAUAGUUCUUUGCCUGCUAAAAACCGGAGAGCGACAGCCAAGGCCUUAAGUAAUAAAAAUCCUGCAAAAUCCACAGUUCCUCAUUUCGCUGCACCAACCGGUCCUAACAAUGAAUUUCAUUUCAGUUCUGGCAUGCGAGGUGGCAUUUUUGACAGAAGCUCUGAUACUUCAAGUAUUCCUGCCAGUAACGGUCCCAUCCAUAAAAAAAUGUACCGUCACAAAGCAACAUUAAAAUUGUCAGGGGAUGAAAAGAGUAAGGUAAAGAGAGCAGAGCGUGAGCAGCAGCACAAGAACCCAUCUGUGACAGCCUCUCUUGAAACACUGAGGUAAUACAGCACUGGCUGUGAUGCACCCUUUGCUUUACCAGCACCUUCUAAACCCAGGCACUGUCCCCUUAAUCUCCUCCCGUUUUUUGAUGCACGAAAUGCAUGCCAGAGGCAGUUUUUUGUUCCCCUUUUCGAAAGGAAUGAUUUGCAUGAGAACUCUUAGAAUGGCAAACUAAUUGAGGGAUACUUUGUUCUAGCUUGGCUGUGAUACAAUUAACAUGGUUGCCAUUAUUACUGCUAUUUCACUUCUUCAGUUUAUUCUUAAUCCUUGACAGCAUUUUAGUAGACUCUCUACAUUUUCUACAGCUUCUGCAAAAAAAAUGAAACCCUUUGAACCAUGGAAUAAAUUGUUUGGUUUUCUUGCAGCAAAAAUGACUGCAGUUUGCUCUCAGUAAAUAUGGGGCCUUUUGAGUUUUACCUAUGUUUGGAGAAGAUUAAAUUUUUUCCAGCAAAACAAUUGUGCUUAUGUUUAGUGUUCUUCGGGAUAAUGUUUCUCAAAAGAAGAAUUAUUCAGAGGCCUUGUCAAUGAUCAAACAAAAAAAAAUGGAAGUGCUGGAAUUAGAGGAGAUGUAAUUGUUGUGUAUCUUGAAAAAUUAAAUAUCUUGGUAAGACUGCAGGCUCUAUGCUCUAAAGAGCAAUAGAGCUUUUUAUCUUCACUGGUGAUAAUGUACAAUAACACAUGCACUACUUGCAAAAAUCUGUGCCAAACCGUGAACAAGUGUAAAGAUAGUUUUAUGACAAUAGGAACAUAACAACUUUGAUGUUAUUUUUUUCUUUAUAUAUGUUUUCAAAAAAAAGAGGGAAAUAAAGACAGAUUGAACUUAUUAUUCCAGUAACAUUAUGGCAAGUUCCUUGAAGCACCUGCAGCUCAAUGUGGAUUAUGGCACCUCAAUCAUUACCAAAACACUGACGACUAACAAAUUCAGCACUGGUUCCAGUUUGCCAAAUACGCUUACCUCAUCUGCUUGGCAACAUGCAAGCUCGCUCUGGGGAGUCUAGAUGGAAUUAACUGGUUUGUGUUCAGUCUGAGCUUUAUCGAAGGUACAAGCAAGCGAUAUAUUCUGUAUUUGGAACAAGUCUGAGAAAAGCAGGAAGUGCUGUCGAUGUACUGAAUGGCGGCUUCCUUCCCAUUCAAUCUUAUGACAAGGUCACUCUGGACAAUUGGAGAUGGCUACGUCACUAGGAACCAGGGUGAAACUCAAUGGGUUGCUACAGUGAACUCAGCUGCCUGCUGUUCUGGCUAUUAUUUUGCUUAUUGCCUUUCAAACAUCUACCUACUGAGAUUUGAAUGUACAUACAGAGCUUAAAGAAAAGUAGAGGUACCACUGAGCUGCUAGUGUUUCAUGGUGCUAAAAGAGAUGCAUUUCCUAAAUGAAGGAGAGAAAGAAAAUCUCACAGGAAUGUAAAAAUAAAAUGUUUUGAGAUGUAUCAAAUACAAUACUAAAAAAAAGGUAUUGUUUGCCUUUCUUUAGAAUGAGCUUUAUAAAUAUUGAUCUGUAGAGUUUAAAAAAAAUUCUAAAUGAACUUUGAUGUCUAUAAAUUCUUGUAUAUUUUUCAGUGUGCCAAUUUGUAAUAUAUUUUGUAAGUGUAUAUUUUUCUUAGAAGUGAUGUGAUGUGUUUGGAUGUGUGCGUAACCCUUUUAUUCCUCAGGGUGUUAAUAAAAGGACGUAGCGUUACAUUAACUGCUCUGGAAAACCAAAAUACUGACGAGAGAGAAAAAAAAGGCAAGCAUUUUGUUGGAGGUUUUGUAAUAAGCUAAAUUAUGUUGUGAAAGAGUGUAGUGAAACAGUGAAAAAAAGAAAAAAAAGACAAAAAAUGUUUGCAAAAAAUUUGUGGGCUCUACUAUUUUAUAGAACCUUUCUUUCUCUUGUAAAUUAUUCUGACAUUGAGUUUUUGUUGUAAUUGUUGCAAAGGUUUUAAAUAUUUGUGCUUUCAAAUGCUGUACGGUACAUGUAAAUGUCAUUCUUGUUACCUUGAUGAGUUUUUGUAAUACUGUCAUUUAUUGAAUAAAUGUAAAACAUAAGAAAUAACAUUUUGAAAGAAUGACUGUACGAAGACUGCUUAAGCUAUGUUCAGAAAUAGACCUGCAUCAAAAAUUUAGCUAAUUGACUUUUUUGGUGUACAUUACUUUUUUAAAUAAAAGUUGUUCAAAGUCAAACAUAUGACAUUUUUACAGUACAUGGAAGUACAUUUUGUUUUUAUGGCGUUGAUGCUGAUACAAUUCCAAUUUUUAAGCUCCUGUUUUUGCUACUGAAACAAUUCCCUAAAAGGCAGCUUUAAUCACAUUAUUUAAAGCUGCAGUAUGUUAUAUAAUAUACAGAACACACAUGCAAAACAUAUUUUAAAAAUGACAAGUGUUGCAAAUUCAUUACCAAGCCAGUGCAGAUUGUUUCACUCAUAUAGUAUAGAGUGUUAGUAAUUUUGCAGUAGUAAAAAUGUUCUUAUUUCACAAGCCCUUUCCCUUGCAUUAGAUCUAAGACCUUCCAUUACAACUAUUGUUUUGUGUGCUGUUGCAUGACCAAGUGACUUUUUUUUACAAAAUACUGUGUGGAUAACUGCAAGGUCAGUAGAUUCAGUGGUGUAUUUUAAAGCAUGUUAAUCUACUUCAACAUUUUAUUAAAGAAACUAUAUAUUAUAUAAACUAACAAUUGUGUUGGAAUGAGUUACAGAUUGUAGCACAGCCAGAAGAUUCAUGCGUAACUCACAAGCCACUUGAGAUUUGUUUUUGUGUAACUUAAAGCAAAUUCCUUAAUUUGUAAUACAGCCUCUUCAACAUGUUCCAACUCUGCAUAUUUAACUAUAUUUUACAGUAUGUAUAUAUAUAUAAAAUAGUAAAAUAUGUAUGUAUAUAUAUGUUCUAAAACUACAGUGAGAAAAAUCUGGUUAUAUACUUCAGGUGACAGAAUAUGUAAACUUUAAUGAUUUUUGUUUCUUUUCUGGUGUCUUUUUAAAUAUUGCAUUUAUAUCAAGUAAUUUGGUUCUGAAUUAUAUAAUAUAUUGCAGUUUUAAAUCUACUUUGAAGGGAAAUUCAGAAGAAUACAGGAAAUGCUCUAAAUUGCACCGUCUCUGUAAGCUUUUUAAUGGACUAUUGGGUUUAAUUUUCACUAGUUGUUUAUGAGUGUGUGUUUCAAGGAAAAGUUUUCUGCAAGUAUUGUUGAAUAUUUAUUUUGUAUAAAGUUUGUGAACUGGUUGCACUCAUUAGUGAUUUAUUUCAUAUUGGCUGCACCUUACCUAUUGCCUGCAAUCACAGUUUGAUGGAAUGAUUGGAAAUGUUAUAUGCAAUUAUUUUGUUAAAUGGCAUCGACAGUUUUUCCCCUUAAGCUCACAAAGAGAAACAGUAUCAUUGUGCUGAAGUAUGUCAUGUUUCUUUAAAGGUAUAUCAAAUAAAAAUUAAAAAUUA